UUAUUGGCCAACAAACCACGCCGCCAGAAUUGCCAAUUUACGGUGAUCCCUACACGGAAAUUGCACUGGAUCUAGUCUUCCCAAAGGGGAAUCCAACAUUCCUGCUCGAAGGCAAGAAACUGCAGCUGCUGCAGCCGCUCGAUCGCGAUGAGGAGAAUCUGAGUCACAUUGUCUUUCAGGUCUCCUGCACCAUUCGUGCAACAAACAAGCGACGCAACAUUCCGAUUAUUGUGCGCGUAUCUGAUGUCAACGACAAUGCGCCGCGCUUCAUGAACACACCCUAUGAGGUCACCGUGCCGGAG